AAAUAAUUUGACAUUAUGUUGAUAUAUUGAUUUCCUUUUCGCCAUGUUAAGACAUUUUGUAGAACGAGAUGAAACCAUUUUACUUAUAUGAAAACGUGUGUGUGAAAUAUUACAAUCACAGAAUAUGUGUGUUUUACAGUGUAUUUCUGUUAGUAUGGAUGACCAUAGUAUGCUUUGGGUAUGAAUUAAAAUGUCCAGAAGCUUCCCAUUGGAGGUUCAGAGCUACGUCACUGUGUCCGGAUUCGUCCACAUACUAUUGCCUGAAUGAUGCAGCUAAAAAGCUUUUCAUUGGAAACAGAACAAUGGAAGGAGUGUCCGAAAACUGCACAAAGGUUGACGUUGAAUCUCCCGGAAAGAAGAUUGUUAUUCGUGGUCAGUUUGAUGCUGCUUACUGCGAUUCAAGCCGAUAUCAACCGAUCAAAUAUUUCACAAAUGUAAGUGGCGAGUGUUUAUUCCAAAAGUCUACAUGCUCUGAAGAAGGACAAAUUAUACACACCAACAAAAACCCGGUAACGGAUCUUACAUGCAGAUGUGAUUAUACGAAUGGAUUCACUUUCACAAUACGUCCCAAGAACCAAUGUUUUUGUGUGCCUUCUGUGGAGGAUUGUUCCUGUUACAGACAACCGUGUAAUAGGUCAACGAUUGGAUUAUCACAAGAGUAUCAGUGCUUAUUAAAUACAUUUGCAUCAAUAACACAACAUUGUCCAAUCAUUGAAGGAUCAGACAAAGAGGAUGAAAAUAAACCAUCUACAUCAACAAUACCAGAUUUUAUAGAUAAAACACAACAAUAUGCAGCAAAUUUCAAAGAAACACCUGGUAUACUUGUUACAAUCAUUCUAUGUAUAAUACUUGCAAUAUUUGUCUUUGUUCUAUUUCUGAUAUACAAAGAUACAAAGAUUCUAAAUCCAGAAGAAAAACAGACUAUACUUGAGAGUAUAAACAAAGGAGAAGAAAUAUAUCCACACAUUAGACUUGUAAUUAUAGGAGAGAACGGUGUUGGUAAAACAUGUCUCAUGCGUCGACUUCUGAAACAAAGUAUUGAAGGUGUGGAAAGUACAGACGGUAUUAAUAUAGACGUGGCAAACUGUAAAAUCAGGUUACGAGAUGGGAAAUGGAUUUACAAACCCAUUGAAUAUAACAAAAGCAUUGCCGAAAGAGUAAAACGGGCACUUACUGAUCAAAAUAAGCAAAUUAGGAAAAAUAAUCUGACCAGUACAAGUAGCAAUAAUGUCGAUUGCCGCAACAUCGAGGCAAAUUUCUCUUCAGCUAAUGAACGACGACUUGAUGAAUCAAAUACUCAACUAGACAAUCAUAAUGGCGAGGAUAAAGCGCAAGUGCCACAAGAUGAAGAUCCACUUGUUUCAGCAUAUGAUGAUUUAAAUUCAAUGGAGACAAACAUUGAAGAACAGAACACUGUUAAUUUACAGAGAGAAGAUGAACAUAAUGAUGAUACUGAGCCUGAUAGAAAGUCAGUAUUUGACGAUCCGCGUUUCCUUGACGAUUUAGAUAUGUUAGAAUCUGUAGCCAAUUGCAAAUUAUCGCAAAAUGAAUAUGCAGAAUGUGGAAUAUGGGACUUUGCUGGACAAAAAGAAUUUUACGCGACUCAUCAAGCAUUCAUAACAAGCAACAGUGUUUUUCUAUUAGUAGCGGAUAUAUCGAAAGAUGUAAAUAUAGAUGAUGAUACUUCUAUGUUGCAAAGAGGAUUUGAUAGCAUUGGAGAAUAUAUUGAUUUUUGGUUCGAUAGUAUUCACUGUUAUGCUAAUGGACCAACAGAUCAACCGCAAUCGACCUUAGAACCACGAAUCAUUGUUGUUGGUACUGGAACUGAUAAGAUAAAUUUUGACAGAUUCUUUAUUUUGAAUGUGUUGACUUCUAUAUUGCAGAAGAAAACACUAGAAAGUAAGAUACAAGAAUGGCAAAGAAAUGUAAUAGAUCUUAUCAAGGAUCAAGAAAAAGGGAGGCAUUUAGAAACAUUUCACUACAUUUCUAACACAGAAUCACCUGAAAGUGAAAUCGACAAUCUUCGUCGAAUAAUAUUUGACACCGCCAAAAAGUCUUCUGUCUGGAGAAAAAAUACUCCGCUUGUUUGGAUAAGACUUGAGACCAAACUAAACGUCGUAAGAAAAUUGAAUGUCAAUAUUAUGAAAUUCAUAGACAUUUGUGUUUUAGCCUCUAAGUGUUCAAUUACAAAUCAUGAAGAACUUAUUAAGUUUUUAUGUGAGCAGAAUGAAAUUGGCAAUGUCAUUUUCUUUCAGGAUAUACCCGACUAUAUAAUUUUGAAUCCCAAAUGGCUUGUCGAUGCGUUUAGAUGUGUAGUGUCAGAUAAAAUAGAAAAACACAUUGAAAACUCAUUCGACUGGAACAUGUUGAAAGAAAGCGGAAAAAUAAGUCGAGCAUUGAUGUUAGAAUUAUUUCAAAAAGUCCCUGAUUUACAGUUUAGAUCAUUCGACGACCAUAUCUUAAAGGUAAUGGAAAAAUUUGAUAUAAUCAUUAAACCGAAAAUAACCGAAAAUCUUGAUGAGGAAAUGUCAUAUUACAUACCGUCCAUGAUCGUUAGCAAUUCUACGAUUGAGGAUGUAAAGAAAUAUUUUGGAUUAAACAAUCCUAAUUCAAAAUCAUCGCCAUGGAUAAUUUUUGAAUUUACAUUUCUGCCAAUUGCGUUCUUCAACCACGUAUUUUUCGAUUACAUUCGGAAAUAUGAAGUAUGUAAAGAAAUAAACAAUAAAAUUGCAUUUUAUCAAGGAAUUGGAGUCUUUUACAUUGAUAAAACCAAACUAUACCAGAAGUUAGUUGUUUGUUUUUCAAGAAACAUUAUAGCACUUCAAAUUUGGGAUUUAGACGAAAAUAUGAAAUUUGUUUGUAAACUUAUCUACAAUCAACUUGAAUCAACAGUCAACAAUAUGCAACAAAGAUAUAAAAUGAAAUUAGAAUAUGAAGUGAAAGUCAAAUGUGCUGAAGGAAACUUUAAAAAUAAAAAAGGAAGACUAAAAGUUACUGAUUCGUUCAACUCAACCAAUGGCAAGUUUUACUGCGAAGAACAUAAUGAAUUCCAUCUUUCGCAAACUUUAUCUUCAACGUGGCUUGAAGGACAAAUAAUUCAACCUACAGAACCAUUGGAAACAAUUGAAAAUAGUACUUCGCACGAAGGUCUCAGAUACGAAUUACAUAAAACUAUUGAUAUAGAUGAAGCCAGGUUAUAUGACAUGGUGAUUAAUAAUGAUGGUCUUCUAAUUUGUACCGAUGGGGAAUGUGAUCAACUCGUUACCUAUACAAUGACUGGUGAACGACAACUGGCAAUGAAAUUAUCGGGAAAUCCAUAUAGUCUAGCUGUUAUUGAUAACAACACGGUUGCUGUUACAAUACCAAAGGAUGAAAAAGUAGUUAUAAUAAAUUUGAAUAAAAAACAGACAAUAAGAGAGAUUAACAUUGGCACCUGGUGUACAGGCAUAACAUUUAUUCGGAAUCGGCUCUAUAUUUUUACCAAACAAUCAUUAAAAGUGGUGAAAAUGAAUGGGACUGUCCUAGAAAGCAUUGUCUUGCCUGGAUUUACUUCAGAUGAUUGUUGUAGUAGUCCAGAAGGUAACAUUUACUGCACUGAUUACAAUAAACUGUAUUGCAUUGACACUAAGGCCAAUGUAUUAUUUUCUUUUUAUAAAAAGAAUACGAUUCAUCCUAGAGGAGUUACAGUAGAUGACGAAGAUUAUGUUCUUCUUGCUUGCAGUCAUUCAAAAAACGUUCACAGGAUUACAUCUGACGGUUCACAGAGCAAAGAGAUUAUAGCAGAGUUACCAAAAUCAGCUUGGUCCCCUUUUAUUUGCUUUGAUGUGAAAACGAAAUCAAUUGUAAUUGGUAUGGAGAAUAAGAUUUUCAUUUAUGAAAGGAUGGACUGACGAACAAGAACCGUAUUGGGAUUUAUAAAAGGCUUUCCUAUGGCCAAGACCUUUGUUAAAACCAUAUAGUGUGGCCCUUAUCCGUCAGUAUGGCAUUACGCACCGAACAGCUAUGCGGAUUUAGUUGACGAGACUUCCGGUCUAACGCUGAAUUUGGUCAGUUUUCUAUUAAGUUUUAUAGUUUGGUUCCGCUUUAUUUUUGCAUGGUCUUUAAAAGGGGCAUUAGCUGUUAAUUUCAUGUUGAACAUUUUGACUCAAAUUCUCAUAUUUGAUUAAUAACAAACUAAAACAUGUAAAUAGUAAACCAAAAUUU